AUGGCAAAAUCGACAGCUGCUGCUAAGUCUUCACGAAAGCAGUACGCACGGCUUGCUCCACGCGUCAAGACCCUAAAGGAAGGCACUAUUCGCAGGAAAUGGAGGAAGUUGACCGUUGGUACCCAAGCAAAGGUCGCAGAUCUGCUCAGAACCGUCGAGCGGCCUGCGCUUACUCAUGGAAAUAAUGACAGAAGAGGUGUCGAGGCGCAAGCUUUUGUGUCUGAGUUGGUUGAACAGUACGCCCACACGCAGGUUGUUCUCCGAAAUUACUGCAGAGGUCUGAUGCGCAUAACCAGAUUAAUUCUAAGACUGCCUCGCAUGCCCUUUCCGCCAGGGACAGAUGAGUUCAGUUUCGACUUCGAAUCUACGAUAAAUCGCCAGCGUGUCCUUGAGGAACAAUUGACAGCGAACACACAUGCGGUUGGGCUUUUGGCUGCAGAAGUCGGAGGGGAGACAGCUCUGCUAGAACGCGAGAAGGAAGAGCUCGCGACUCUCGAAAAAGACCUGUCUGAUCUGGAAAGAUCUGAGGCAAGGCAAGAGCAGCGCUUGCAUCCCUUUGUGCAAGCCAAUGCACUCGAGACCCCUCCCAAGACGACGGUCGAGUAUAAUGCCCGAGCCGUGAGCGGAACAACAGCUCCUACUGUGUCUGACCUCGAUGAUGAUCCUAAAACCAAAGAUAUGCUGGAACAACUGCGGCAUCACCUUGAUAGCAUGCAGAACAACAUUGAAAGUACAAGAGACAUUGAGGUGGCUCUUGCGACGUCUCAGGCAGCACUAGAUGUCUUCAAUUGGAGACGAUUGGCAAAGGAUGAAUAUAGCCAAGUAUACAGAGUGGAUGCAACCUGA